CUUCGAGAGAGAGAGAGAGUCGGGAGAAGGAGAGGGAGGCGGAAUGCAACAGGCUAAAGUCAGUUGUGGCGCUGAUAGAGAAACUUCACAACUUUGAGUUCAAACUCUGCUCAUUACACAUCUGACUUAUACCCCUUUAAAAAAAAAAAAAAACGAAGCCCCCCCCCCAAAAAAAAACAGCAAAUAGACUGUGCUGGACUCACAUCAGACAUCUGACUGUGGCCAGGCUCUUCCCAACCUGGUUCCUGGGAGGCCAUCAGCAUCAUCCGCCUCACCUCCCUGCAUCCCAACCAGGGAGAAGCCAGCAACUGCAACUUGAGGGCCUGAAUGGCACCGGCCCUUUUUACAUUCACCCGCGGCUCCUGACCACCACCAAGACGUCGAGAAAAGACCGCUAAAAACCACCAAACUUACAUCGGCAGCUUUUCGUGUUACCAUGGCAACCAACAGGGAGCAUCAACUGCGUCAUAUGGCCGGCUUCCCUCGCACCAUGUACCCUUUCCCCUUCAAUGCCAUGAGGAGCCACUCCCCCUUUGAUCUGUUGGCCAGCAGCAACCUUUUUGGUCGCUUUGGGGCAGACCUUCCCAAAGAGAUGGCGGCAUUGUGGCUGGCCCCGCGGCCUCUCUAUGAUGUGUCUGCACAGGGCUCCUGCAUGCUGGCCAAGGCCCCCCCGUUCUUCUCCAGCCUGGACCCCUUCGCCUGGGCCGGGACCGGCAACCUUCAGUCCGUGGAGACCCAGAGCACCAGCUCAGAGGAGAUGGUGCCCAGCUCGCCUUCUCCUCCGCCGCCACCUCGCGUCUACAAGCCCUGCUUCGUGUGCCAGGACAAGUCGUCUGGAUACCACUAUGGUGUCAGCUCCUGCGAGGGCUGCAAGGGUUUCUUCCGGCGCAGCAUCCAAAAGAACAUGGUGUACACGUGCCACCGAGACAAGAACUGCCAGAUCAACAAAGUGACCCGCAACCGCUGUCAGUACUGUCGGUUGCAAAAGUGCUUCGAGGUGGGCAUGUCCAAAGAAGCAGUGCGUAACGACAGGAACAAGAAGAAGAAGGACGUGAAAGAGGAGGCGGUGCUGCCCGAGAACUACGAGCUGAGCGGCGAGCUGGAGGAGCUCGUCAACAAAGUCAGCAAAGCUCACCAGGAGACAUUUCCAUCACUGUGCCAGCUGGGCAAAUACACCACAAACUCAAGCUCUGACCACAGAGUCCAGCUCGACUUGGGCCUGUGGGACAAGUUCAGCGAGCUGUCCACAAAGUGCAUCAUCAAGAUUGUGGAGUUUGCCAAGCGACUACCUGGCUUCACUACGCUAACCAUCGCCGACCAGAUCACCCUCCUCAAAUCUGCAUGUCUGGACAUCCUGAUGCUGAGGAUAUGCACGCGCUACACCCCCGAGCAAGACACCAUGACCUUCUCCGAUGGCCUGACCCUCAACAGAACCCAGAUGCAUAACGCCGGCUUCGGCCCGCUCACAGACCUGGUGUUCGCCUUCGCCGGGCAGCUCCUGCCUUUGGAAAUGGACGACACUGAGACGGGCCUCCUCAGUGCCAUCUGCCUCAUUUGCGGAGACCGCAUGGACCUGGAGGAACCCGAGAAGGUGGACAAGUUGCAGGAGCCGCUGCUGGAGGCACUGAAGAUUUACACACGCCGCCGACGCCCAAACAAGCCUCACAUGUUCCCUCGCAUGCUGAUGAAAGUCACCGACCUGCGGGGAAUCAGCACCAAAGGUGCAGAGAGAGCCAUCACACUAAAGAUGGAGAUCCCCGGCCCCAUGCCACCGCUCAUCAGGGAGAUGCUGGAAAACCCGGACGCCUUCGAGGACAGCAGCGACUCGGCAGAAAGUCCCGUCCCCACUACCGCCGCACUUCCUCCGCCGCCACCCGCCGUUCAGGCCAUCAAGCAGGAGGAGAAGUCCACGUACGAGUCGGCGGUGGAGGAGGAAGAGGAGGAUGAGGACGAGGACUACUGGGACGAGGACAGGGAGCGGCUGGCGGACAGUGACGCCGAGCCUUGGGGGGAGGUGGCGGCGGGGGGGUCCAGCACACACAAGAAAAGCGGGACAACGCAAUAGGACGCUUCCUCAUCCUCACACCAUCAGGCUCUUAUAAAAGAAUUGCAAAGUUUACAGGGAGUGAGGGACGAAGCAAAAGCACUCAACAAGCGACUCAUUGUGGUCCCUAGUGACAGGAGGGAGGCGGGGGGAACACGAGGAAUGUCCCCCUCUUCAGGAAAAGGGCUACGCUUGUAUAGAAAACAUCUUUUUUUUUUUUGUUCCAAAAAAUGCUACUUAUACUUUCUUAUUGUAUGAUGUAUUGUCUCAGCUCUUUGUCCAUUUUCUUUACAGUGUGUGUGUGUCUGUUUUUUUAUGCGCUAAAGUGACGCAUCGUGAGAGCAGGACUCCAACUUCCAAUGGUCUUCCAAGUGGUCAACAGCUCCUAAUAACAAGCAAUUGUGACUUUUAUGACAUGAACAGGGAUGGGAAUCAAGAACCGCUUCCCAGUAAUUCGAUUCGUUUGUUUGCUUGCCUUACGAUUCCGCUUAUCGAAUUCUCUAACAGCGCAAACAGGUGAUGAUGUCACACGCAAGAAGUAUAUAUUUUUGGGGAACUUUUCCAACAUGUCGUCAAGGCAAAAGCACUGUAAAGUUUGCCUAUAUUUCACGCUAAAAGAUGAUACUGAGAGCUACUCGCAAAGCUUUAAUUUUGUUAAAGGGGAAAACAUAUGAAUACUCUCAUCUCCUGGAAAUAAAUGUUAGAUGCUUGCUCAGAGCACAGUUGCUCUUGCGUACCUAUAGCAUACCCGUUGAUCAAGGCAGGGAAGACUAAACUGCCAGAGGCGAGGAUAAGCAAAUGCCAUCAAGCAUUGACCCUUCACUUCACUUCACCCUUAGACCCUUCACCACAGCCAGAUUUGUGGUGAAGGGUUUACAUCCUUUUGUCAGAGUCGAUGCCUCUGAAUUUUGAUAGGUUAAUUCGUUGCAUAUUUUCUGUUAUCAGCUCAGGUGAAAAUUGCAUGUUGUUUAAACGAGUGUAAAAAAAUGAACCACCCAUUGAAGAUAUUAAAGAGUUAAAGAAAACAAACCAAUGUGUAUUAUUUAAUUCCCUCACCCAAUGAGAACCGAUAGCAGAAGGAAUCGGAUCGAUAAGAAACGGAAUCGCAAAAUUCUUAUCAAUUCCCAUCCCUAGACAUGAAUAUCAUCCAAAUGUGACUCUAAAACAAACACAAUUAUCCCCAACUCAAAGACGAAACCGCUUAUGUGAUGUCAGUAUGGAAAACCAUUGGGCAUUUAUUCAAUCUCCUUAAUAUCCAUCUUAAGGACCGUGUACUAGUAAGGUCUAUGUCCUCACUAUUAGGGCAAUUUUGGCUUGAGCUGGACUAUUAAGGAUAUCGAACAAACAGCUUUCCAUCAUGUCAGUACUCAGUAUUGUGGAACAUAAAACACAAAUUCCGCCUUGCAUAAUGAAGAGGACACAGUGAAGCCAUAAAGACACCCCAUCAGUCAUGAACUUUUUACAUCACAGCAAUCCUCAGGUGUGUUUUUUUUCUUACUGUAUAAAACAAAUUAUUAAUUAUAUAGUGUGACUUUAACCCGGCAAACAUCUACAGUCAACCUCCAUUCAUUUUAAAAGGUCCUUCAUCGUUUUACAGCUAACAAACACACGUACAACACAGUGGUCAUUUUUCUGAUGCCAAAUAUUAAUUUCUGAUCGCAUCAUCUUCUCAGCUGUUAUAUGACGCUCACAUGCUGAGCCUGAAUGUACAGAAGGUCAUCUAAGUAUUAAUUAUUAUCUAAGGAGGCUUAAGAAUGUUAAGUCACUCUGAAUGUCACCGGAACAAAAUCAGUCAAACGUUUUUGCGCUGUUAAAUGUCAUCCAGUUCUACACAGUAUUUUGCUUUAGAACUGAAUUGAUCUCCAGCACCAGGAUCUUACAGGGGGCAAUAAAGUCUCCUGUUUCUUUUGCCUAUUUCCUGAACUUGAGCCAGUGCAAUAAAACAAAGGCGCAUGCAAGGUUGAUUGGGCACACUAGUGUGCAAAAAAAAAUAAAUAAUUAAAGUACAAUUUCAGACAAAUCAAAAAACUUUGGCUCAUUAAAAUUGCAUCGCCUGGAUGGUUUUGACAUUUUUGUUUGUAUUAUGUAAGAAUAUUUAAUGAUGAUUUUUGAAGCUCAAACCAUCUCAUUGUGUCUCUUUUAGUAAUGAUAAACCUUCGUCAUUUCCACAUGGAGAGAUUUGAACAUCUCACGAACGGGCUCAUCUCUUGUUUUCUUUCUGUUUGUAUUAAAUCUGUCCAUGUAGUUUCAUUAUUUGGUUUGCUUGUUAUUUUGGAUGGAUUUUGAUAAAAGGCGCUUUGUGUUUUCACA